AUGUCGAGCGACAAGAUCACCUUUCUCACCAACUGGCAGGCUGUGCCUUACCACUUGCCCGUCUACCGCGCCCAGUCUCAGGGCUACUUUGCCAAGGAGGGCAUCAAGGUCGCCAUCCUCGAGCCCAACGACCCAAGCGAUGUGACCGAGAUCAUCGGCACGGGCAAGGCCGACAUGGGUCUCAAGGCCAUGAUCCACACUCUGGCCGCCAAGGGCAUGCGCAACUAUCCCGUCACCUCGAUCGGUACUCUGAUGGACGAGCCCGCCACCGGCAUCAUCUACAUCGAGGGCAGCGGCAUCACCUCGGAUUUCCAGAGCCUCCGGGGCAAACGUAUCGGCUACGUCGGCGAAUUUGGCAAGAUCCAGAUCGACGAGCUCACCAGUCACUUUGGCAUGAAGCCCGAGGACUACACCGCCGUUCGCGUGGGCAUGAAUGCCACCGAGGCCAUUAUCGACGGUCGCGUCGACGCCGCCAUCGGUCUGGAGAAUGUCCAGAUGGUCGAGCUCGAGGACUGGUGCGAGCAGCAGGGCCGACCCAAGACGGACGUCAAGAUGCUCAGGAUCGACGAGCUUGCCGAGCUGGGCUGCUGCUGCUUCUGCUCGAUCCUGUACAUUGCCAACGACAACUUUGUCAGCCAGCACCCCGACAAGGUGCGUGCCUUCAUGCGAGCGGUCAAGCGCGCCGCCGAUGACCUCUUCGACCAGCCCCAGCAGGCUUGGGAAGACUUUAAGCUAUUCAAGAAGAGCAUGCAAGGCCCCAUCAAUGCUCGAAUCUUUGAGCGAUCCUUCGCCUACAUGUCUCGCGACUGCGCCAAUGUGCCGCGUGAUUGGUCCAAGGUGACCAACUACUGCAAGCGACUCGGCAUCAUUGACGCCAGCUUUGAGCCCAACAUGACCAACAAGUACCUCUCGUGGGACGUCGACGCUCAAGACAAUGUCGACGCAGAUGCCAAGCAGAAGGAGAUCGCUGAGUACCAGGUUCACGAGGCGCACAAGCUGCUUGCUUCAGCUGGCACUCGCGCUCUGCCCAGCUUUGGCUGCAAGCUCGCCAAGCCCAGCGCAGUCCAGGCUUCUGCCUGA